GCCAAACUUAAACCCUAAGGUUAUCGCUCUCGCCUUCUGCACACCAGUAGUCGGAGGCGCGCGGCUUCGAGCUUCAGAUCCCAUCAGCCAUGACUUUUAAGAGAAGAAACGGUGGUCGCAACAAGCAUGGCCGUGGACACGUUAAAUUCAUUCGCUGCUCCAACUGUGGCAAAUGUUGCCCCAAGGACAAGUCGAUCAAAAGGUUUCUUGUGAGGAACAUUGUUGAGCAAGCUGCAGUUAGGGAUGUUCAAGAAGCCUGUGUAUAUGAGCAAUACACCCUUCCCAAGCUGUAUGUGAAGAUGCAAUAUUGUGUGUCCUGCGCAAUUCACUCCCAUGUCGUGAGGGUUCGAUCUCGCACAGACAGGAGGAACCGUGAACCCCCACAACGCUUUAUCAGGCGCAGGGAUGACACACCAAGGCCUGGUCAGCCUGGGCAAGCACCUCGUCCUGCUGGAGUAGGAGCUCCUGCCCGUGCCUAAGAGCUAUUCUUGAAUUUCAUUUGGCUCUCCUAUAUAAUGUGAUAAACUUUUCUGCUGGCUUUUGCCUUCUGGAUCUCUAGGGAUUCCUCCCGACUCCCCCGUUGUCUUGUUUAGUUUAUUGGAGGAUUUAUAACUUUUCCAAUUACUAUAAAUUUUGAAUGGAAAUGACCUUGAGGAAUGACAAAUUUUGAUGUUCUGAAGCGUUA